AUGUCUUCCCAGCAGAGCGGGGCUUCCGCCAAAGGCUUUUCCAAGGGGUCUGCCCAGGGUCCCUCUUCGUGUCCGGCUCCGGUACCCGCCCCUGUGCCCGUGGCCUCGUCCUCCUGCUGCGACUGCUGCGGCUCUGGAGGCUGUGCUGGCUCUGGCGGCUGCUGCGGCUCAGAUGGCUGCUGCGGCUCCGGUGGUUGCGGCUGCUUCCCCAGGAGGCGCCGCCGACAGCGCAGGAGCGGGUGCUGCGGCUGCUGUGGGGGUGGCAGCCAGAGGUCGGAGAGCUGCAGCCACACCCAGAGCCAAGGCUGCUGCGGAGGCUGCUGA